GUGACAUUGGCCGCGCGACCUCGAAUGAAUGAAUACCUCACCACACCAGGCGAGAGAGAGAGAGAGAGAGGGAGCGAGAGAGAGUGAGAGAGGAGGCCCCAUCCUCCCUCGUCCUCCUCCUCGUCUCCUUCGUCGCUCUUUCCUCUUCGUGCGCGUUUCUCAUUGAUCUUCUUCCUUCCUCAUUUUACUUCUGAAAUUGACGUGUGCCGUUCCUAAGCUCGUUGACUCUCAUUAUUCACGUUAAUUGUUUGGAUUUGUUGCUUCCUCUUCAUUUUAUUUCAUUCUCCGAGCUUUUGAGAAGACACUCCUCUGCUUUUUAGCUACGCCCCAUCUUUUGCCUCGCUUUUGGUUCUGGAAUUCAUCACUAUCUGGAAAAGAACCGGGAAGGAGGAGUGGCUUCUGGCUGAAUCCAUCGUUGAAGAAUUUCAUUUGUGAAAGAAUGCUUCGGGCUUGACUGAUAGAAAUUUGAGCUGUGCCAUUGAUCGAUUGGAUAUUCGCUGCCGAUCGGGAUGGAGAAUUAUCACUCGUUUAAUCCGAAUUACAGACCCUAUUACCCUCCCCCUCCUGGGGCCUAUCCUGGAUAUCCGAUGCCGCCGGCGCCUCCGAACGCCUAUUCUCCUUACCCUCCGUACGGGAUUCCCCACCCUCACGUUCAUUCACCUCCGCAGCAGCAUGUAUUCCACCAUUCCGGGCCCCUAUUCCCUUACCCAAACUCUAAUCCUCACCCGCCACCUAGUUUCCAUUCGAACUCUCUUCCGACGUCGUUGAAUUUCGGUUACCCGCACAAUGUCCAGCAACAGGGGAGUCUUCAGAACGUUUCUGAGUCCUAUCAGUACUACCAUCACAGUUCUCCUCCACAUCCUCCCCCAGAACGUAUUCAUUCUCAUCAAGCGAACAAUUCUUUAUCUCCAAAUUCGUCAAUUCACCGGCCUCCGACCCCUUCAACGUCUUCUUCUUCGCAGCUCUACCCGAUCGAGGACGUACUGGCUUCCUGCCACUUGUCUGAUGAUCGUCCUACACCUGGAACUCUUUCUACUUCUACCUCGUUCAGUGGAUUUCAGCAUCAGGAUUUGGGACCAGCACGCCCUGGGAUUUAUGGGUACCCCAAUUAUUCCUUCCCUUCGGCUUCUGAUGCGUCGCAGCAUGGUGUAAGCCAGCAGAUAGUUCCCUACUCGCCUUCAAAAGCUUCUCUCAAAGUGCUUUUGUUGCAUGGCAGCCUUGAUAUCCAUAUCUACGAAGCGAGAAACUUGCCCAACAUGGAUAUGUUCUCGAAGACCCUAAGUGAUCUCUUCGGAAGAAGGGUUUCCAAACUUGCCAAUAAGAUCGACGAGCAUAUGCCUGGCUCCAUAACGAGCGACCCUUACGUUUCUGUUUGUGUAUCAAACGCUGUGGUUGCUAGAACUUAUGUGGUCUCCAAUAAUGAAAACCCAGUUUGGAACCAGCAUUCUCGCGUCCCCGUUGCCCAUCAUGCUGCGGAGGUGCAGUUCAUCGUUAAGGACAGUGACAUGAUUGGUUCUCAGCUCAUCGGAAUCGUUUCGAUUCCGGCGGAGCAGAUCUACUCAGGCGCGAGAGUCGAGGGAUCGUUUCCCAUCCUUGGCCUCAACAAGAAGCCUUGCAAAUCUGGAGCCACUUUGAGAAUCUCGAUUCAGUAUAUACCCAUGGAGGAGCAGACUCUAUACAAUCUUGGAGUUGGUGGGCCAGACCACAAAGGAAUUCCUGGUACAUAUUUCCCUCUGAGGAAGGGUGGAAGGGUGACUCUGUAUCAGGACGCGCACGUACCGGAUGGUUCUCUUCCGGCUUUGAGACUUGAGGGAGAUGCCCACUACCACCAUGGCAAGUGUUGGAGGGACAUCUUCGAAGCGGUAAAGCAGGCUCGUCGGCUGAUCUAUAUUACCGGGUGGUCGGUGUAUCACAUGGUUAGAUUGGUCCGAGAUGCAGAUUACUACUCUGAUACUCUGGGAGAGAUUUUGAGGGCCAAGUCACAGGAAGGUGUCAGAGUUUUGCUUCUAGUGUGGGAUGAUCCUACUUCAAGGCGCAUUUUGGGUUUCCAAACGGAUGGUCUAAUGGCAACCCAUGAUGAGGAGACGAAAAAGUUUUUCAAGCAUUCAUCAGUACGUGUGUUGCUCUGUCCUCGGUCUGCAGGAAAGCGUCACAGUUGGGCCAAACAACAGGAAACGGGGGCCAUCUAUACUCAUCAUCAGAAAUCGGUAGUCUUGGAUGCUGAUGCUGGUAAUGGCAAGAGAAAGAUUAUUGCCUUUGUUGGAGGGCUUGAUUUAUGUGACGGGCGAUAUGAUACUCCAACGCAUUCAUUGUUCAGGACAUUACAAACCACACAUAGAGAAGACUAUCAUAAUCCAACUUUUCCAGCAGAUGUGACAUCUCCACGGGAGCCAUGGCAUGAUUUACACUGCAGACUUGAUGGUCCUGCUGCUUAUGAUGUCUUAACCAAUUUUGAAGAAAGAUGGUCAAAAUCAUCAAAGCCCCAUGGUAUAGAAAAGCUUAAAAGGGCUGAGGAUGAUUCAUUACUUAAUCUUUCAAGGAUACCUGAUAUACUUAAAAUGGCAGAAGCUCCUUGCUUGGAUGAAAAUGACCCAGAGGCAUGGCAUGUACAGAUCUUCCGUUCAAUUGACUCCAAUUCUGUUAAAGGAUUUCCAAAGGACCCAAGACAAGCUAUGAAAUCGAAUUUGACAUGUGGGAAAAAUGUGAUGAUUGAUAUGAGCAUACAUACAGCAUAUGUUGAAGCCAUUCGAGCUGCACAACAUUUCAUUUAUAUUGAGAAUCAGUAUUUCAUUGGGUCCUCAUUCAACUGGUCUGCUCACAAUGAUCUAGGUGCUAAUAACCUAAUACCUAUGGAAAUAGCACUGAAAAUUGCAAAAAAAAUCAAAGCAAAUGAAAGAUUUUCUGCUUAUAUUGUAAUUCCAAUGUGGCCUGAAGGUGUGCCUACUGGGAAUGCUACGCAAAGGAUUCUUUAUUGGCAGCGUCAAACAAUGCAGAUGAUGUAUGAUACCAUUUACAAGGCUCUGGAAGAAGCAAACCUUGACAAGACAUAUCAUCCACGAGAUUACUUGACUUUCUUCUGCCUUGGAAACCGUGAGGUGGAAGAUGGGUGUAGGAUAUUAUCACCAACAGCUGCUCCAGCAAACACCCCUCAAGCACUUGCUCAGAAGAAUGGUCGCUUCAUGAUCUAUGUCCAUUCUAAAGGAAUGAUAGUGGAUGAUGAGUAUGUAAUUUUGGGCUCAGCAAAUAUCAACCAGCGAUCAAUGGAUGGUACAAGAGAUUCAGAGAUUGCAAUGGGUGCUUAUCAACCUCACCAUACUUGGGCAAGAAAAUUUUCUAAUCCACGUGGGCAGAUCUAUGGCUACCGUAUGUCCCUCUGGGCAGAGCACCUUGGCAUACUGGAAGACUGUUUUAGACAUCCAGAGAGUCUGGGAUGUAUCAGAAGGGUCAACCAUAUGGCGGAGUUGAACUGGAAACAGUUUGCGUCCGAUCAGGUGACGGAGAUGAGAGGGCAUCUUAUGAGAUACCCAGUUGAGGUGGACUCCAGAGGCAAGGUGAAGGCUCUUCCUGGCUGUGAAACGUUCCCCGAUUGUGGAGGGACCAUUUUGGGAAGCUUCAUGAUGGUCCAAGAAAACCUUACCGUGUAAGAAAAAUAAAGAGGGAAGUAUAGCACUGUCUUUUGUACUUGCUCAGUUCUCCUUGUAAAUUGUUGUUAUUCAUAACGCAUUAUUUCUUUGAUUCGUUAGUCCAAUGCGUUUGUAAAUGUAUUCCAAUAAUAUCCAAUCAGAAAAAAUGAUUCAUGCCAAA